AUGGUCAACAUACUUCGUGGUAACCCAUACUCUGAACAUCUACGGAGUAUGGGAGAGGUUGAGGAUGUUGAUGAUUAUCGUAUCACACUAAACCUUGACCAAAGGAUGGACCAGAGGAGAUACAAUGCACCUACCAGUUCUGAAGUAGCCGCGGUGUGGGUGGAAGGAAGCGAACGGCGAAGACAGUUCGACCACAGCGUGAUACUGCAAGGUAAAAACAGAGAUAUUUUUGGUAUCAAGUCCUAUCAUGGAUGCUACGACGCACUGUCCUACCCACUAUUCUUCCCUAGAGGCGAGCUUGGGUGGCAUACCGAUAUCCCGAAGAGAAAUGUGUCCUAUGAUACUGUGAUGGCAGCUCGUGCAGCUCGUCUAGCUCGUCGUAAUAACGACGAGUCCUCUCAAUCCCCCGGCGAUAACAAUGAUGAUGGCGGCGAAGAUAAUGAUCCAGCUUCGGGAGGAAAUAAAUGUGUGUCAGUGAGGGACUACUACUGCUACAAAUUCCAGAUGCGGCCUGGGAUAUUUAACCCGAUCCUGCACGGAAAGCGUCUUUUUCAGCAGUUUGCGGUCGACACAUAUAUCAAGAUCGAGAACUCACGGUUGGACUAUAUGUGGAAUCAUCAGGAUAAGAUAAGGGCCGACCUGUACCAAGGCCUGAUGGACAGCUUGCAUGCCGGCGAGGGUAGUACGGAUGCUAUUGGAAAGCGUACGGUGUUGUCAGGAACAUUUAUCGGUGGUCCACGUGACAAGAGGCGUCGCUACAUGGAUGCUAUGGCCUUGGUGCGGAAAUACGGCAAGCCGGACAUCUUUCUCACGAUGACAUGCAAUCCUAACUGGGAUGAGAUCAAGCGUGAGCCCUACCCUGGCCAGACACCUCAAGAUCGUCCAGACCUUGUGGUGCGUGUAUUCAGGGCAAAACUGGAGGAACUGAAGAAUAAGUUGUUUCAGAAGGACAUCCUCGGAAAGGUAAAAGCAUAUGUGUACGUGGUGGAGUUCCAAAAGAGGGGUCUUCCACAUGCACACUUCUUGCUAAUCAUGGAGGGGCGGUUCAAGCUCACAUGCCCCGAACAGUACGACAAGCUUAUCUCAGCAGAGCUACCUAAUAAGAUAAAGUACCCAGAACUGUAUAAGAUGGUAGUGAAACAUAUGAUGCACGGCCCAUGUGGUGUUUUGAACCCUGAUUGUCCAUGCACGAAGGGCCGUCCUGCUUGCAAGAAUCAGUACCCUCGCCCUUUCAAUGCGGCUACCUUACAGGGAAAGGACUCAUACCCUCUAUACAGACGACAUAACGAUGGUUGUAAAGUAACAGUUCGAAAGGCCUUGCUGGAUAAUAGGUGGGUUGUCCCAUACAACCCUCACCUCUUGCGUCACUUGAAUUGUCACAUCAAUGUUGAGGCAUGCUCCAUCAUAAAGGCCGUUAAGUACCUAUUCAAGUACAUAUAUAAGGGGCACGAUCGGGCGUCUAUCACGGUGAGCGAGGCUGACAAGGCAGAUAGCAACGGGAACAUAGAUGAGAUCAACCAGUAUAGAGAUGCGAGGUGGGUGACUCCUCCUGAAGCCUUGUGGAGGAUAUACGGCUUUGAGUUGAGUAAAAACUACCCAUCUGUGAUGCAGUUGCAGCUCCAUCUAGAAAACUGUCACAUGGUUUCAUUCCAGCAGGGCCAAGAUAUCCAGCAAGUAGUUAACCGUCAAGGUGUUGAGAAGUCAAUGCUUACAGAGUACUUCAGGGCAAACAGAUUACAUGAGGAGGCACGUGGUAUCUUGUACAGGGAUUUCCCCGAAUGGUACACUUGGCAGAAAGGUAAAAAAGGUGAGGAUAAACGCUGGCAGAGAAGGGCUGUAAAAAAAGAUGGUACACGUACGAAAAGGAUACAGGUUGGAAGGAUUGUGUCAGCUCACCCAGCAGAAGGGGAUCGCUAUUACCUGCGAGUCCUUCUAAACCAUGUCACUGGGGCCACCUGCUACGAUGACCUAAAGACGGUUAAUGGCAUUCUGCUAGGAUCCUUUCGUGAAGCUGCAGAGAGAAGGGGGUUGAUCGAAAGGGACAACACAUUGGAUGACUCCCUUACUGAAUCUACACUCUUCGAGAUGCCUUCAUCUCUACGAAGGCUCUUUGCGACAAUAUUGGUAUUCUGCGAGCCUAGCGAUGUGCGCGGGCUCUGGGAUAAGCACUUUGACGCAAUGUCGGAAGACUAUCGCCGCAAUGAUCCAUCCAAUAUUGUAGCUGAGCAGAAAGUUUUGAUAGAUAUCAGAAAUAUGCUACAGUCAAUGGGCAAGGACAUCAAGUCAUUUCCUCUUCCUGAUAUUGAUGAGGAAUUUGACAAUGCCACCGGUGUGGAAAGGGAGAUCUUCGAGGAGUCUGUGAUUGAGCCCAACAAGGAGGACAUAAAUCUAGCAGACUCACUUAAUACGGAUCAGAAGGCCGCGUAUGAAAAAAUUAUGUCUGUUGUUCAUGGCGAUGAGGGUGGUGUGUUCUUUGUGGAUGGACCCGGAGCUUCCAUAAUGCUCGGAGGGAGAACAGCUCAUUCCCGUUUCAAGAUACCACCGAGCAUUGAUGAUGGCGGGUAUUGCACCUUCACUAAACAGAGUGGUACUGCAAAAACUCCUACGGUCGGCUUCUCUCAUCAUCUCGGGAUGAGGCUUCCAUGA